AUGUCGAGAUUUCGGCAUCCUGAAGCAAAUAAAAGUAUAAAAAUUCCAAAUAUAAGUGAUAAGACCAUUGAAAAGAAACCCCAGUUGAUUUCUGACCUGAAGCUCAGCCCAGCAAUUGGUGUGCUUGCUGAAGACUGUAUUAUCUUCUUUCCUGGUGAUCUUGAAGAACAAGGGAAGCAUCCAUCUGUAUGGGAUAGUUUAGGUGUGGCCCUUGGUGACAACUAUAUUAGUCACCUAACUUUGCCUUCAUCUCUUCCCCUGACUGAGCAAACUAUCCCGAGGACUAUCCUGUCCCUGGACUACCUCUGGAGCAACAGCAAAUUGGUUUCAUAUGUAUUUCAGGACUCCACCUGUUAUCAAGAAUUCAUCUCCAAAAGAGAGAAGACGCAUGUGGCUGUUCCUGCGGCAGUGUCGGCUUGUCAGCCCAAGGCCCCAACUAACGGUCAUCGUCCGGCUCCGCGUCUCUCCCUCACUUCUCGGGCCACGGUGGUUGCCAGAAUGGAAAGCACUUCCCAGGGCUUGCAAACAGUCAUGAAGUGGAAAACUGUCGUGGCUAUCUUUGUGGUUGUGGUGGUCUACCUGGUCACUGGCGGUCUGGUCUUCCGAGCCCUGGAGCAACCUUUUGAGAGCAGCCAGAAAAAUACAAUCGCCUUAGAGAAGGCAGAUUUUCUUCGGGAUCAUGUCUGUGUGACCCCUCAAGAGCUGGAAACCCUAAUUCAGCAUGCUCUUGAUGCUGACAAUGCUGGUGUGAGUCCAGUAGGAAAUUCUUCUAACAACAGCAGUCACUGGGACCUUGGAAGUGCCUUUUUCUUUGCUGGAACAGUCAUCACAACCAUAGGGUAUGGAAAUAUUGCUCCAAGCACUGAAGGUGGCAAAAUUUUCUGUAUUUUGUAUGCCAUAUUUGGGAUUCCACUCUUUGGCUUCUUAUUAGCUGGAAUUGGAGAUCAGCUUGGGACUAUCUUUGGAAAAAGCAUCGCAAGAGUGGAAAAGGUAUUUCGAAAAAAGCAAGUGAGUCAGACAAAGAUCCGAGUGAUCUCCACCAUCCUGUUCAUCUUGGCAGGCUGUAUUGUGUUUGUAACGAUCCCUGCAGUCGCUUUUAAAUACAUUGAAGGUUGGACGGCUUUGGAGUCUAUUUACUUUGUAGUUAUCACCCUAACCACUGUUGGCUUUGGUGAUUUUGUGGCAGGGGGUAAUGCAAGCAUCAAUUAUCGGGAAUGGUACAAGCCAUUGGUGUGGUUUUGGAUCCUGGUGGGCCUUGCCUACUUUGCUGCUGUCCUCAGUAUGAUUGGAGACUGGCUACGGGUUCUGUCCAAAAAGACAAAAGAAGAGGUCGGCGAAAUAAAAGCCCAUGCAGCAGAGUGGAAAGCCAAUGUGACAGCAGAAUUUAGAGAGACACGGAGGCGCUUGAGUGUUGAGAUUCAUGAUAAACUGCAGAGGGCAGCGACCAUUCGGAGCAUGGAGCGCCGGCGCUUGGGGCUGGACCAGAGGGCCCACUCGCUGGACAUGCUCUCUCCAGAGAAGCGCUCUGUCUUUGCUGCACUGGAGACCGGGAGGUUCAAAGCCUCAUCUCAGGAAAGCAUCAACAACAGACCUAACAACCUGCGCCUUAAAGGGACAGACCACCUGAACAAACAUGGGCAGGGCGCGUCCGAGGACAAUAUCGUCAACAAGUUUGGAUCCUCCUCCAAGUUAACCAAGCGGAAAAACAAAGACCCCAGAAAGAGCCUCCCUGAAGAUGUUCAGAAGAUUUACAAGACUUUCAGAAAUUACUCUUUGGAGGAAGAGAAAAAGGAAGAAGAGCCUGAGAAGAUGUGUAACUCAGAUAACUCAAGUACAGCAAUGCUGACCAAUUGCAUCCAGCAGCAUUCUGAAAUGGAGAAUGGACUGGUACCCACUGAAACCAAAGAAAGGGAACAUGAAAACAAAGCAUUACUUGAAGACAGAAAUUAAAUGUAAAAGAUGUUGGAUGUUGAUUAAAUAACACUAGUUUUUUUUAUAGAGACAUAUUGAGACAUGUGCCUUAUACAGACUUAUUAGUCCGAAUUACAUAGCAUCGAAGAUUAUUUCACUGUGCCAUAAAUGAUGGAAGGCUUGGUCUGCCAAAAUGAAUCAAAGUACUGCAUUUUAAAUGGUGACGGUGGACAACACAUCACAAAUUUCAGCAUGUAUGAGGUUACCAUGGUGAAAUGUUAAGGGAGAGAGUUACCAUGGCAAUACAAUUGGAGGGUUCCUACUUUGGUAUAAUAGUCAAAGGGCAGAUAUUCAGAAAGAAAAGACUGAGAACCGUGAAUCUUUUCAAAAGAUCACAGCAUCCUGAACCCCAUGUAAUUGCUAUAUUUAUAUGAAUGCAUACACACACACACACACGCACGCAAGUGGAAAGGAGUAAGGUAAGAUCAAUGGAUGGCAUUCAUUGAGAGCUUACUGUGUGCAGAGCCUAAGUGCUAAUGAGAAUACAACAGAGUUGGUAGACACAUUUCCUGCUCAAAGCGAGCUUAAAUGGUGGCUUACUAGAGAUUAAGUUUACAUUUUGGCACAUACUUUAAGCUUAAAGUUUUACCCCCAAACACCAAAUUCAUAGUUUUUCUGAACUCCAAAAAAAUUUAAAUGGAAACUAACACUGGCAGGCAGAAGUAAGAGCAGGUGUACUUAACAGGUGUGAUUGCUUUUCUCAUAAAAAAAGAAAAACAAAAUCAUCACACUGUGGAUAUUACCUGAAACAAUUACAAAACCGUGACUGAAUUUUUCUUCUUUUUUGAGAGGGAGCCAGCAAUUGCACAUGUUGACAGAACCCCGACAUCGACUGCUCUAUGGUUUAAAAUUUCAUCUCAUAUGUAAAAAAGUGGGCAAGCUGGUGUUAAAUUCAUCUGCCCUCCCUCAUGGUGGAACUUAGGUUUUAAAGUGUUCAUAAUUAGAGAGAAGGAAAGCUGUUGCUGUGCAGGUUAUCUGUGGCUUGCUGUUCUGUGUAGCUGAAGUUGAAUUUUACAGAAAUAGACACUAUUCCCUUCUGUUACUGAGAGGUCAAACAUGGCAUUAUUGGAAUCUGAUAGUUUUCUGACCUUUUGGUGGAUUAGGACUCAGCUAUAAGCUCCAGACACCCUACCCCGAAGAGAAAGAGAUGCAAACCCAUCCAUCAGGUUCAAAACAUUUUAAGUACUUACAGCUUAAGUGCCAUUCAUGACAUCACAUUUCAUAACUUUUUAAAAAAGUAUUUUGAAUACUCUGAUUUUAGGUUUAGGCUUCCUUCCCUUGGUCUCCUCUUUCAUGAUCCUUUUUUCCUUCUCAUAAUCUUAACCCCAAUUCUAACGGUUGUUUCAAGGCAAACAAUAAAAACUAACCAAAAUGCCAUGUCUCUGAAUGUUUCACAAUAUCCUAGCAGGGCAAGGGAACAUAGAUAGUCCUAGUGGAAGUGACCAGGGGCUGGGAGGGACGUGGUUAUAAACAAGGGAAAACUGAGAAAAGGUCAAGAGCCCAGGACCACACACCUUUAAUGUGGUCCAGGCUUUACCAUCCCUAGCCCACAAUUUAACAGAGGUAGACUAACACAGCUGACUGCAAACCGACCCUCUUUCCUACCCAUUGAAUACCAAGACUCCUCCAAAGAAUCCAGUUGGUGACCUUUGGACCCAUAGCCUGCUAGGUAGGAAGAAGGCUGUGAGAAGCAAUGUGGCCUAGUGAGCAAACAGGGGCCUGGCAAUCAAAGGA